GUAAUAUCUGGACGUCAUUUCCCUCAUCCUGUCUCACUUGCCAAGAAAAUCAUGAAUGACACAUAUCACUGUGCCCUGAGUGGUGAAGGUGCUUUAAAAUACGCCACGGAACAUGGGUUCCCCACCUGUGAUCCAGAUUACCUGGUCACACGACGUGCUGAAAGAUUGAAAAGUGUUGCUUAUUCCGACUUUCCUGGUUACGUACGCCAUCGCUUGGGACGUCCAGCGUAUGAAACUGAAAGCUUGAAGGAAACAGAUUCGGCUGAUCCUGAGAAUAAAGAGACUAAGGAGACUAAAGAGACCAAAGAGACUAAAGUGACCAAAGGAGCCCUGGGCAGUGAUACUGUAUCAGCUGUUGCCAGAGAUGCUUCUGGUCGUUUGGCUUGCGCAGUGUCAACAGGCGGUAUACCCGGAAGCCUGAAAGGUCGUGUGAGUGACGCAGCGAUGGUUGGCUGCGGGGGUUAUGCAAAUGAACACGGAGCAGCAACCACAUCUGGACAGGGAGAGCUUUUGAUGAAAAUGACCUUAGCAAGAGAGGUCGUUUAUAUGAUGGAAAGUGGGAGGAAUGCUCAGGACGCCGCAGAAAAUGCGUUGCGAAAGAUGGAGAAGAAAUUCGGCCAAGACUCAGGUGUAGGAGGUGUUAUUGCAAUUGAUAAAGAAGGAAAUUUUGGAAAAGCUUUUACCACCGCUAUGAUGGGUUGGGUGAGCAUCAAGAAUAAUGAAACAGAACAGGGUUUUGAUCACAAUAUGGGAAUGUAGGACGUUGUUAACUAUAUAUUACUUACCUGCAUGGUAUUAGUCCUGGGUUUAGUUUGCACGUAUAUUGCACGUUUUCGCUUUGCAAAGCGGCUAAUUUUAUAAUUUGCCUCACCGUGAAUGAAGUGGCAGCUAUAUAUGUAUAACUCACUCUAAUUUUAUUAACUCUACCACGACUAUGUUUUCUAUUAAAAAGCACUGCAUAUCGAAAAGUUGUUCCUGUGUAUACUAACAUGUAUUUAUUGGCCUGGUUUAUACUAGAAACGCGGGUUACCCGUCUGACAAGACAAACUGUCUGGACGAUUGAACUAAGUAGACGAAUAGGUCAGACAAAACAGAAUCGCUUGUUCAUAGAAAGUGCACAGGAAUUGG